CUUACGUCAUCGAUCUCUAUUUCGUCAGUUCCGCCAGCCUGUAGAGACAGUGUUUCCGGGUCCGGUGGUAGCAUCGUUUCGGUGAGGAACAGCCGCACUGCAGGGCUAGAAGUCCCUUGAGGGAAUGAAAUUCACCAGAUGGAAGUGAGGUCAGACAUAAAGAGAGAUUUCUCCAGUCCCUUUCUGUAUUAGCUGGCCUUCUGAUUUGGAACAAUCUUGACUUUGAGGGCUUGACACAAGGAUGUUUGCAAAACUGAAGAAGAAGAUUGCUGAGGAAGCAGCUACUGCACCACGGCCAGGAGGGGCGGGCCGCAUCCCCCGAUCAUUCAGCAAGGAGUCAAUCACAUCUGUGGGAGCAGAUUCGGGGGAUGACUUUCCUUCAGAUGGAAGUAGUUCCAGAGAAGACCUCUCAUCUCAGCUGUUCCGAAGGAAUGAACAAAUACGGAAGCUGGAAGUGAAGCUAUCUGAUUAUGCCGAGCAGGUUCGAAACUUGCAGAAGAUUAAGGAGAAGCUUGAAAUUGCGUUAGAGAAGCACCAGGAUUCCUCUCUGAGGAAGCUUCAGGAACAGAAUGAGGCUCACCAGGCCAGCAGGGCCAAGAUGGCAGAAGGAAUGACGUUAGCACUUGAGAAGAAGGACCAGGAAUGCAAGGAGAAGCUGUCUCAUCUUGAAAAGGAAAGGAAGAUCCUUACAGAACAGUUACAAGAGAUGCGAGAACAAAGCUUGAAUCUCUUCCAGAAGCGAGAUGAUUACGAUGAGCUGGAAGGCUUUCAGCAGCAGGAACUGGCUAAAGUCAAACACAUGCUUUUGAAGAAAGAAGAGUCCCUCAGUCAAAUUGAGAGAGAACUCGAAGCCUCUAGGAAAGAACUCUCCCAUGUCCGAGAGGAGCUACGUGCCUCCACCUCUUUGUCCACCCGUCUGACUGCUGAGUUGCAGGAGCUACGACAGCAGCAUGCGGACCUGGAGGCAGAAAGGGAUGAGCUCUUAGAUGCAGAGGAGAGUGCAGAGAAUAAGAUUACCAACCUGGAGCAGCGGGGCCAUGAACUUCAAGCAUACAUCCAGCAGAUGUCAGUAGAUCUUCAAAAUGCUCAGGUUGCUGCCUCCAGUUAUGAAAAGACAUUGGAAACACUGCAGGCAGAACACGAAGCUCUGAAACUGGCAUAUGAACAGCACAAGCAAAAGAUGACUGCCGAAGUGGAGGAGAAAAAACAGCUCAUGGGACACUUGCAAGGGAAACUGACCACUCUGGAAAAGCGAUUGGAAGGCAACCUCUCUGGUGAUGAGCAUGUACGGGAGCUACUCCAGGAGAAAAGCAUUCUGGAACAGCGGCUAGAGAGUGCCCUGCAGCAGCUUUCAGUAGCACGGACGAGUCACGCAGAGAGUGUGAGCCUCUUGGAGACUCAGAUCCACCAACUGAAUUGCAAAGUAACAGAAGGGCAGGUGCAGCUGAGUGAGAAAGAAGAAUCCAUGCGGAACAUCCAGGAGAGCAGUUUGUACCAGCUGAAAGGUCUGGAACAAGCCCUCCAGCUUGCCAACGAGGCAGCGGCAAAAAGUAAAGAUGAUGCCAGGGAAAGAGAGCAGCAGAUCCAAAAGCUGCAAGCAGACCUGGAGCUGGAAAGCGUCAAAUCAGAGGAAGCCAUCUCUGCUGUGAAGCAUCAGUGUGCUGAGCAGGUCAGAAGGCUUGAGGAGCAGGUUGCUACCCUUGAAGCAGAACGAGAAGCUGAAAUGAUGGGUGCCCAGCACAAGAUUAGCCAACUAGAGAAAGAAAACGAAGAACUCCGAGACAGCCACAGGGAAUGUGAAAGCUCUUCAAGAAGGCAAGAGUCAGAAUUGGAAAGGCUAAAGGCAGAAUUAAGCAGUAGGGAAACAGUUAGUGUUGAAAUUGCCAAGGCCCUGGAAGAGACACGGAAACACAAGGAGGACUUACAGCAGCAGGUUGCAGACCUGUCCUUGUCGCUGAAGGAGAAGGACUGGCUGAUUAUGGAUAAAAGUGACACGCUCCUGAAAAAAGAGGAAGAGCUGAAUUGCUUAAAGCGAGGCUACGAGGAGCUUCGGCUGCAGAUGCAGCAUUUGCAGACUGACAUUGAGUUGUGCCAGCAACAGGCUGCAGAAAGGGAAACUGUGAUGGGGGAGCAGGUGAGCACUUUGCGGGAGCAACUACAAGAGCAACAGAAGUGUCGGCUGGCCAGCAAGAGCCAGACUGCUGGGUUGGAAUUGGCAUCCAAAGCCUUGCAAAAACAAUUACACCCCACUGAGGAUGGAGAAAUGGAGCCAAAUGGAGAAGUGGCUGCUGCAGACGUAGUCCAGCUGCAGGUGGAGAACAGAGAACUGGAGCAGCUAAUUGCAGAGAAGAACAAAAUGAUCAAGCAAUUACAGCAGAGGAUGGCAGAACUAAAGAAGACAUUGCAGAAAGAACUGAAAAUUCGACCAGAAAGUGAGGUCCCAGAAGUGGCCAACGCUGCCUUGACUGUGACAAACAACUCAGACCUGAAUGACUCCCGGGAGAUAAACUUUGAGUAUCUUAAGCACGUGGUACUAAAAUUUAUGUCCUGCCGGGAAUCAGAGGCAUUCCACCUCAUCAAAGCCGUGUCUGUUUUGCUAAACUUCUCUCAAGAGGAAGAAAACAUGCUUAAGGAGACUCUGGAAUACAAGAUGUCCUGGUUUGGGUCAAAACCGUCUCCCAGGGGCAGCAUCCGACCCUCUAUCUCAAGUCCCAGGACCCCAUGGUCAUGAAUGGCUCCAAAGAAUGCACUGUCUACCUGCCCUUCAGUUGCUCUUUCUUUCUAGGACAUGGAUACUGCACCUGUUGAUUAAGGUGUGUCUUAAUUACGCUCACCAUAGUAUUUUGUAUAAGAGCUUUGAAAAACUGUUUACAAAACUGUACUGUAAAAGGGAGUGUUCUUUGCUAUAACUGACUCCCUGUGGGUGGGGUUGGAAGUGCUGAGGUGGACAAUGAAGUAGCUGGCUCUCGAGGCCUUGGGGAACUGAAUACCACUUUUAUGGAAGCAGUACUUAUUAGCUUGGGAUGUGUUUUUAUUCCUGUCAUCACAAAAUGCAUAUCUGUUAAAUGAGCAUGGUGCUUGCAUCAUUCCUGACAGUAUAGAAUGCUCCAAGGCUGAGAAGGCUCUUCUGCCUUCUCAGACUGAACUGUUUGCUUAUUAACAUGGCUGCUGGAAAGAGCAUAUUUGAACUUCUAGCAGGAUAACACAACUUUUUGCAGAGUUGGCCACCUUUAUUUUUCUUAAAGAAAAAUAAUUUUAAAUGGUCUUUAUGACAUAACUAUUCAGUUGCCUUUUAGAUUAAUGUAGUAGGAUGUACAGAUGGGAAAGUGUGAGAACAUAAGGCACUUGCUGCUGAAGCAGAAAGGAGUUUGUUUCAUCUGCAAGUUUGCUUUAUGGGGGCUGGUGCACCAUUCCUGGCAUGGUGACAUAAGCUGCUUCAGACAUAUCUUGGAACUUAUUCACAUGCUGUCAGUAGAAGCAACAUGAACAACUGGAGCUGCUGCUCUGAAUGUGAAUGACUUUUUAAGAAACACUAAAUACAGGGCCUUCAGUAUGGUUCAUUUGAGAGGAGAACUUCUCUCAGGUCAAUGUUCUUUCUUUAGUAACUUAAAAAUCAACACCUAGCUUGGAAACUACAGUUUAACUGAAGUAUACUAUUAUGUGCUCUACAGAAGACUGACCAUGCAGAACAGCAGCACUAAGCAGCAGGUCUUUAAAAAAAAAAUUACAAACUGCUUAAGAAAUUGAACCUGUUAGUUUGAUGGAGGUCUUCCUUACUAUGAGGAAUGCACAGUAAAAUUUUCAAGAGGUGGCUCAGCCAGCCCUUUUUAGAGCCAAUUUUAAGGCACAGGAUAGGAAAAAACCCUCAGAUGUCUCUUGUCACUCAGGUGUUGAUUUUUUUUUCAACUAGCAGAGCUGAGGUUGUGUAUAUAUUCAUUAAAUAGUAACUGAUGCACUUUUUUCUUGUACAAAGAACACAUAAUGGAGUGUAUAUAAAAAGCCUUUUUAUGGACACUUUGUCUACCCAUUCUGUAUGCAGAGGAACUGUAUUAUGUAAUGGCUUGUAGAAAGCUAAUUUGUGGUGCAAUACAUUUUUGAUUAAAACUAGAAUCUGCCUUGUUA